AUGUAUAAUAAUGUCAGGCCGCAACUGGGGGUGCCUCAAUUUUAUUCUCAACCUCCAACAAGCUCACAACCUAAUGUGCUUGGAAAUGCAUUUAAUGCUGCCGGUUCUGGACUCAUUCGAGGUGGAUUGGGUGCUUAUGGAGAAAAAAUAUUUGGAUCAAGCUCUGAGUACGUCCAAAGCAAUAUAAGUCGGUAUUUCUCUGACCCCCAAUAUUACUUCCAAGUGAAUGACCACUAUGUUAAGAACAAAUUAAAGGUGGUUUUGUUUCCAUUCCUGCACCGGGGUCAUUGGACUAGAAUUACCGAACCAGUGGGAGGUAGACUCUCAUAUAAACCUCCAAUUCAUGACAUAAAUGCACCUGACCUGUACAUUCCAUUGAUGGCAUUUGGUACCUAUGUUGUUCUUGCUGGCAUUUCACUCGGUCUUCGUGGAAAGUUUAGUCCCGAAGCAUUAAACUGGUUAUUCAUCAAGGGAUUGGUUGGUUGGUUUACGCAAACAGCACUGCUUAAAGCGACAUUACUUUCAUUAGGAAGUGGAGAAGCACCACUACUGGACAUUAUAGCGUACGCAGGGUAUACUUUCACGGGCAUAUCUUUGGCUGUAGUUGGAAAAAUAAUCUCCGGUUACUCAUACUACGUUUUGAUGCCAUGGACGUGCUUAUGCAUGGGAGUAUUCUUAGUUAAAACAAUGAAAAGAGUCCUUUUUGCAGAAGUGAGGAGUUAUGAUUCAAGUAAACAUCAUUAUCUCUUGCUGUUUAUUGCUUUUGCUCAGUUUCCAUUGUUCAUAUGGCUUGGAAACAUUACUGUCAAUUGGUUUAUAUGA